UUUAGGCCUAUAGAGAAUAUAAUCGCGAAAUAUAAUAUUAACUUUGCUAAUAUCUAUAACUUUAAUAAGACUAACUUUAUAAUAGGUAUUAUUAUAAAUAAAAUAAUUAUUAUAGGUAUAAAAAGAUAUAAAAGACUAAAAUUAAUAUAG